CGCCCGACCGUUCCCGGGCCCGGCCAAUCCCAAAGCCGGAAGAGGCGGGCGCUAAGAUACGUGGCUCAACGCUCGCGGGGGGAAGGGAAGCUUGGGGUCAGGGAGCAAACCCGGCACAAGAUGGCGGCGGUACCGGCAGUGGCGGCGCGUAGGAGGCGGUCACGGGCAGGUUUGGUACUGGCUUGUUUAGGGGUCUGCCUGGGAAUCACCCUUGCUGUGGAUAGAAGUAACUUUAAGACCUGUGAAGAGAGUUCCUUCUGCAGGCGGCAGCGAAGCAUACGUCCAGGCCUUUCUCCAUACCGAGCCCUGCUGGACUCACUGCAGCUUGGUCCUGAUGCUCUCACAGUCCAUCUGAUCAAUGAGGUCACCAAGGUAUUGCUGGUGCUGGAGCUCCAGGGGCUUCAAAAGAACAUGACUCGGAUCAGGAUUGAUGAACUGGAGCCCCGGCGGCCCCGAUACCGUGUACCAGAUGUGUUGGUGGCUGAUCCCCCAACAGCUCGGCUUUCCGUCUCUGGCCGUGACGACAAUAGUGUGGAGCUAACCGUGGCUGAAGGACCCUAUAAAAUCAUCUUGACAGCACGGCCGUUCCGCCUUGACCUGCUAGAGGACCGCAGCCUUCUGCUCAGUGUCAAUGCCCGAGGACUCUUAGCUUUUGAGCACCAGAGAGCCCCCAGGGUCUCUUUCUCGGAUAAAGUUAGUCUCACGCUCGGUAGCAUUUGGGAUAAGAUCAAGAACCUUUUCUCUAGGCAAGGAUCAAAAGACCCAGCUGAGGGCGAUGGGGCCCAGCCCGAGGAAACUCCUGGGGAUGGUGACAAGCCAGAAGAGACCCAGGGCAAGGCAGAGAAAGAUGAGCCAGGAGCUUGGGAGGAGACAUUCAAAACUCACACUGACACCAAGCCUUAUGGUCCCACAUCUGUAGGUUUGGACUUCUCUCUGCCAGGCAUGGAGCAUGUGUAUGGGAUCCCCGAGCAUGCAGACAACCUGAGGCUGAAGGUCACUGAGGGUGGGGAGCCGUAUCGCCUCUACAAUUUGGAUGUAUUCCAGUAUGAGCUGUACAACCCCAUGGCCCUGUACGGGUCUGUGCCUGUGCUCCUGGGACACAGUCCUCAUCGAGACCUGGGAAUCUUCUGGCUCAAUGCCGCAGAAACUUGGGUUGACAUAUCCUCCAACACUGCGGGGAAGACCUUGUUUGGGAAGAUGCUAGACUACCUGCAGGGGUCUGGAGAGACCCCACAGACAGAUGUCCGCUGGAUGUCAGAGAGCGGCAUCAUCGAUGUCUUCCUGCUGCUCGGGCCUUCGGUCUUUGAUAUCUUCCGGCAGUAUGCCAGUCUCACAGGGACCCAGGCACUGCCCCCGCUCUUCUCCCUCGGCUACCACCAGAGCCGCUGGAACUACCGGGACGAGGCCGACGUGCUGGAAGUCAGUCAGGGCUUCGAUGACCACAACCUGCCCUGCGAUGUCAUCUGGCUGGACAUCGAGCAUGCCGAUGGCAAGCGGUACUUCACCUGGGACUCCAGCCGUUUCCCCCAGCCCCUCACCAUGCUCGAGCACUUGGCCUCCAAGAAGCGGAAGCUGGUCGCCAUCGUGGACCCGCACAUCAAAGUGGACUCUGGCUACCGCAUACACGAGGAGUUGCAGAGCCUGCAUCUGUACGUUAAAACCCGGGAUGGCUUUGACUACGAGGGCUGGUGCUGGCCAGGUGCAGCUAGUUACCCCGACUUUACCAAUCCCACCAUGAGGGCCUGGUGGGCUAACAUGUUCAGCUUUGACAACUAUGAGGGCUCAGCUCCCAACCUCUAUGUCUGGAAUGACAUGAAUGAACCAUCUGUGUUCAAUGGUCCUGAGGUCACUAUGCUCAAGGAUGCCAAGCAUUACGGGGGCUGGGAGCACCGAGAUGUGCACAACAUCUACGGCUUAUAUGUGCACAUGGCGACUGCUGAGGGACUGGUUCUGCGCUCUGGGGGCGUAGAACGCCCCUUUGUCCUGAGCAGGGCUUUCUUUUCUGGCUCCCAGCGCUAUGGAGCCGUGUGGACAGGAGACAACACCGCUGAAUGGGACCAUUUGAAGAUCUCUAUCCCUAUGUGUCUCAGCUUGGGGCUGGUGGGAAUAUCCUUCUGUGGGGCCGACGUGGGUGGCUUCUUCAAGAAUCCAGCACCAGAGCUCCUUGUCCGUUGGUACCAGAUGGGUGCCUACCAGCCAUUCUUCCGGGCACAUGCCCACUUGGACACCGGGCGGCGAGAGCCAUGGCUGUUACCGUCUCAGUACCAGGACAUAAUUCGAGAUGCAUUGGACCAGCGAUACGCCUUGCUGCCUUUCUGGUACACACUCCUCUAUCAGGCCCAUCGUGAAGGGAUUCCUGUCAUGAGGCCGCUGUGGGUGCAUUAUCCUCAGGAUGUCACCACUUUUAGUAUAGAUGAUCAAUUCCUGCUUGGAGAUGCGUUGCUGGUUCAUCCUGUAUCAGACUCAGGGGCUCAUGGUGUGCAGGUCUAUCUGCCUGGCCAAGGGGAGGUAUGGUAUGACGUUCAUAGCUACCAGAAGCAUCAUGGUCCCCAGACCCUGUACCUGCCUGUAACCCUAAGCAGUAUCCCUGCGUUCCAGCGCGGAGGGACAAUUAUACCUCGGUGGAUGCGAGUGCGGCGUUCUUCCGAGUGUAUGAAGGAAGACCCCAUCACUCUUUUUGUUGCACUCAGCCCCCAGGGUACAGCCCAAGGAGAGCUCUAUCUAGAUGAUGGGCACACGUUCAAUUAUCAGACUCGCCAUGAGUUCCUACUGCGUCGAUUCUCAUUCUCUGGCAACACCCUCGUCUCCAGCUCAGCAGAUCCCAAAGGCCACUUUGAGACACCAGUCUGGAUUGAGCGGGUGGUGAUAAUAGGGGCUGGAAAGCCAGCAGCCGUGGUACUCCAGACAAAAGGAUCUCCUGAAAGCCACCUGUCCUUCCAGCAUGACCCUGAGACCUCUGUGUUGAUCUUGCGUAAGCCUGGUGUUAAUGUGGCAUCUGACUGGAGUAUUCACUUGCGAUAACCCAAGGGACAUUGGGGGGUAGGAGGUAUGGUGGUGAUGAGAGUUACUCCUUCUGCCUUGGAGUUUGACCCUCCCCAGACUUCACCUUCCUUAUCCCGAAACCCAGAUUCUGCCAACAUUUGGGCAGGAGGAGAGGGCUGUUUCUGGGCUCUGGAUUCCAAUUAUGAUCUCCUGACCUCUCCCACCCACUGACACCAAGUCUCCCUUCAUCCCCAACACUCUAUUGCUCUGUGUGGAGCACAUUCACCUGUGAAGACCUGGGGACCACAGCACUCUUGCUUUCCUUUCUCUUUCAUUUCUUUUGGGGGUCCCGAAUCCUCCAGACCCUACUCAUUCACGCCUCUUGUGUGUCGAUGCCAUUUCUUGGAAGAAGAUGAGGGCAGUGAGCUUUCGGGCUCUUUUUCUCCUUCCCCUUCCCUCUCCACCAAACUGCUUUCUCGUUUUAUUUCUUCCUCCUGGCUCUUCUCUGUCAGCUCUCCCCUUUUUAUGCCCCACGGAUACACUGGGACCACCCCUUAUCUGAGAAGGGAUGAAUGGAUCAAAGGAGCGAGGUUGCUGGAGAACUUCCUCUUCCUUCUCUUCUCUCUUGUUCCAGCCUUUCCUUUCCCCAAUUCCUUCUAGAGCUACAGUUCUGACAGGGACAGUUUUGUCUCCUCUGUCCCUUAGGGGAAAGAAGUUUCCAUUCCUUAAGAGGGGUUAGGCAUUGAACUUCUUUGCUUCCUUUUUGUCCCCUUGAGGGGCAUUCAAAAUGGAGAAAUCUGUUGCAGUUUCACUGAAUCACGGUCGCCUGUAUUUAUUGCUGGGAGAAGGCUGAAGAUGGGAGAGAUGAUCAUGUGUGCUCAGGGUUGGCCCAACGCCCUGGGUGGGGGGCGGGGGGGAGGACUAACUGGAGAUGAGGGGGCAUAUUUGUGAGAAUUUUUUUUACUUCCUCUUGGCCCCCAGCUGUGACAGGUUUUGAUAAAAGAAGCAACAAUAAAGAGCUAAACCAUAAAUAACUGUC